UAUAUGCUUAUUAUACGCAACCGAUUUCGUGUACAAAUAAAACACUAGUUUUGGUCCCAUUUUUUUCUAUAUUUGUGGUAGGCAAAUGAUAUAAAUUAAAAAAACCUAACCACAAAAAAAAAAAUCAAGAACAAGAAACUGGGAAAGUAACUGAGUGUGAGAUCUUUCACCGCUUAUAUAAUCAAACAACCGUUGUUCUGCUCCGGCAACAUUGUCGGACUCUCUGUUUGGUGGUCAAUGGAUGCUCUCCGAGUCCAGCUAAGCUCAGGCUCCCUAACUUCCUCCGUUGUCGCCUCUUCUCUACUCAGCCAACCUCGUCCUCCCUUCUCCUCGUUGCAGCUAGGCCGUGUCGGCUCGUCUCCAGCGGUCGGAUCUGUCUCGGCGAAGGAAACCUGCACGGCUGACGAGCUCCACUACGUUCCUGUUCCCAACUCAGAUUGGCGCGCCGCUCUCUGGAGAUAUCUUCCUUCCCCAAAGGCACCGAAGAGGAAACAUCCUUUGCUUCUAUUGUCUGUGAUGAAACUGUGUUGUGUAAUGGAUUCUUGUAACGCAAGUAUGUAUUUGGAAGGUAAACAGUUUGUUGUUUUGUUCUGUUUCUGUGGGUGUUCAUGUAUGCAGUGUUCCUUUGCAAGGUUCAUGUCUGGUUCAGGUUUUGAUACAUGGAUUCUUGAACUACGUGGAGCUGGGUUGAGUUCUCUUAAUGCUGAAUCCAGAAAGGACGAGCAGCAGAUAGUCUCAGACCUAUUGGAGAAUGUUAUAAACGUAUCUGAGAGGAUGGAAAAUGUUCUUGAUGAAGGUUUCAAGUUCCUGGGGCUGCAAGAUCGUCUAUCCAAGAGAGUGGGAGAUUUCAAGCAGAGGCUUGAAGUUAUCCCUCGUUACAAUUGGGACUUUGAUAACUAUCUAGAAGAAGAUAUUCCUUCAGCGAUGGAGUAUGUGAGGACUCAGACCAAGCCAGAAGAUGGGAAGUUGUUAGCCAUUGGUCACUCAAUGGGUGGUAUGUUGUUUUACGCCUUGCUCUCAAGAUGUGGCUUAAAAGGAAUAGAUUCAGGGUUGGCUUCUGUCACCACUAUAGCAUCAACAUUGGACUACUCAUCCUCAGGAACACUCCUCAAGUACCUAUUACCCAUGAAAGAACCGGCUCAAGCACUUAACGUGUCUGCCUUACCGAUUGAUACAAUGCUUGAGAUGGCUCACCCUCUAAUUUGUCGUCCUCCAUAUGCUUUGUCUUGGUUAAGCACUAAUAUCUCUGCUCCUCAAAUGAUGGAACCUGAAGUGAUUGAGAAGCUUGUUUUGAACAGCUUAUGCCCAGUACCAGCUAAGCUUCUGUAUCAGCUAGCAACAUCCGUGGACAAAGGUGGGCUACGUGACAGAACCGGUAGUUUCUAUUACAAGGAUCAUAUCAGCACAACCAAUGUCCCUAUUUUGGCACUUGCAGGGGACUGGGACAUAGUCUGCCCUCCUGAUGCAGUAUAUGAGACUGUAAAGCUGAUCCCAGAACAUCUAGCUACUUACAAAGUUUUUGGUUCACCUGGAGGUCCACAUUAUGGCCACCAGGAUAUGAUCUCUGGUCGAACGGCCCGGAGCGAAACAUAUCCAUUGAUUAUUCAAUUUCUUCAACGCCAUGAUCAGAGUUAAGAUCAGCGAAUUUUCAAAUGGAUUUUGAUUCUUGUUUUUCUGUAAAAGAAGGUACAUAUAACAUUCCAUACAUUUAUGUAUACAUAUCUUCACACAUUUAGCAGGUUUAUACUGGGAUCUCAAAAGCAGUAUUGUAAAAAAUUAAAUUAAAGUUUUAUAAACAUCUUUCAUUGAUGAA